AUGGUCCGCGUAUCUGUCCUCAACGAUGCUUUGAACAACAUCGUCAACGCUGAACGUCGUGGAAAGCGUCAGGUGCUCAUCCGCCCUUCGUCCAAGGUCGUCGUUAAGGUGCUCUCCGUCAUGCAGAAGCACGGCUACAUCGGCGAGUUCGAGAUCAUCGACGACCACCGUGGUGGCAAGGUCGUCAUUCAGCUCACCGGCCGAUUGAACAAGACCGGCGUCAUCUCCCCCCGGUUCAACGUCGCUGUUGACAGCAUCGAGAACUGGGUCGCCCAGCUCCUCCCCGCCCGUUCGUUCGGCAAGAUCAUCCUCACCACCUCGGCCGGUAUCAUGGACCACGAGGAGGCCAGGCGGAAGCACACCGGUGGCAAGAUCCUCGCGUACGUUUACUAG